AUGGCUACCCCACCGUCCAGUGAGCUAAUGGAAUCCCUCACACGCAUGUUGGCCGACGCCCUAAAGUCGUCCCUCGGAGCAACUCUGGGACAAGCACCUACCUCUGGAGCAAUGCCUCUUCCAAAGCCACCGUCAUUUUCUGUUCCGGAAUUCCGAUCCUCGGAUGAUACAUCUGUCUCGGAUUAUUUAAUUCGUUUUGAAUGGGCUUUGGAAUUGAGUAAAAUCCCGAUAGCAGAAUACGCACACUAUGCACGAGUGUUCAUGGGUACGGAGCUGAACAGUGCCAUUAAAUUUCUUGUAAGCCCCCGAAACCCAGCAGAAGUCGAGUAUGAUGAACUUCGAACAACCUUGAUCAAUCAUUUCGACCAACCUAAGAACAAGUACGUUGAAAGCAUCAAGUUCCGAGAAAUCGUUCAACAAAAAGAAGAAUCAAUAACCAGCUUUGCCCUCCGACUCAAGCAAGGAGCUGUGCAUUGUGAGUAUGAUACUUUUCUCGAUAGGAUGCUUAUAGAACAACUGCUGAAUGGACUCGAUUCCCGUGAAAUGUGUGAUGAGAUCGUGGCAAAGAAACCCACGACAUUCAAAGAGGCUUUCGAUAUAGCGCAUACGUUAGAAGCCAUUCGAAAUGCUGCUGGCGAGGUUAGAACGGCUAAAUCGUUUCCACUUCCAGAAUCCACGAACAAAUUGGGUUACGAGAAACCGAGCACACGAAAACCUACACAUCAUCCUGGUAGCUCGACAUCUUACCAACACAAGCAGCAAGUAUGGAGAGAACCCACACAUGGCCACAGUGUUUGUAGUGGUUGUGGUGGUGAUCAUGCUCGGAGUCAGUGCAAGUAUCGGAAUGCACCCUGUUAUCGAUGUGGCAAAAAGGGUCACAUAGCCCAAGUCUGCAGAUCCAGUGAUGCGUCAUCCGGAUUCCAAAAUACUGCCCAGGUCCAUUCAGAGGAGCAACCCGCUUCUCAAAUUGAUUUAGUCCAUUCACUAAGCAAAAUACACUCCAUAACCAAGUUCGAGAAGCGAUUCGUUAACGUUAGCAUCAAUGGUCACAAUGUUGAAAUGGAAGUGGAUACCGGAGCUCCAUGCGGAAUUAUUAGUGAAGUGAAACUGCGUAUGAUUAAACCAAAUUCCCCAUUGUUGAACACAGACCGACAGUUUUCCAGCUACACUGGUCACCGUAUCCAGUGCCGUCUUCCAGUUACCGUUGGUAUUGGUUCGACAACUCGUAAACUCGAUGUGUAUGUAGUUUCGGGUGACUAUGACUCCCUUUUUGGACGCGAAUGGAUAUCUCAGUUUUCGUCUGAAAUCAAUUUAAAUGAGUUGUUUGGCACUAAAGAAUCCGUAAAAUCACUGUUGUGCACCACACCAGUUUUGAAAGAAGACGAAAAACAAUCCCUUGAACAAUUGCUGGAGAAAUUUGACGACGUUUUCAGCGAGAAACCUGGUAUGCUAACAGGCCCUCCUGCAUCUGUACAUCUCAAACCAGGUGUCACCCCGGUGUUCGCAAAAGCUCGUGACGUACCACUAGCUUUGAAGGCUCAAUAUGCUGCAGAAAUCGACCAAAAACUCGCAUCAGGUAUUUACGAGCGUGUUGAUUACUCGGAAUGGGCCUCCCCAACACAUAUCGUCGUUAAAAAGAAUGGCAAACUACGUAUUACGGGCAACUACAAACCAACAGUGAAUUCCCGUAUGAUCAUCGAUGAACACCCUAUUCCCAAGAUCGAGUCCAUCUUCAAUCAAAUGCGAGGAGCUCGUCUGUUUUGUCAUCUCGACGUAACGGAUGCCUACACACAUCUUCCUAUCGACGAAGACUUUCGACAUGUAUUGACGCUCAACACACCAACUCACGGAUUAGUACGCCCUACGAGAGCUGUCUAUGGUGCAGCUAACAUACCAGCAAUCUGGCAACGGCGGAUGGAGAUAGUUCUUCAAGGCAACCCGCGUAUGGAUAAGUGGGUUCCUGGAGUCAUUGCAGAACGACUUGGUGACCUGCAUUACUACAUCGACUUCGGUGGGAAACGAUUCAAGCGGCACAUUGAUCAAAUACGUCCAAGGAUUGGUUCUCCAAGAAGCAACGACAUACCGAGGCGGAUACGUUUCUACGAAAAUGACAUGCAGACCCCAAGCAGAUCAACAUCUCCAGGUAUCUCGGACACAUCGCCGCCGUUGCAGACUACGUCUGACAACCCGGUCCAGCAAGAUGCAAGUUCCACUCCUGUCAUCGUGCGUCGCUCGACCCGAGAUCUUCGCCCGCCUCGCAGGUACUCACCGUAG